AUGUGUCACACAUCACACAGUACAUUGCUAGAGGCCGUUUCGAAACGGAUAAUAAUUUCUAUCAUCCUAUUCCCUACCGUUAAUGAUAAUUUGUUAAAAAAGUUUGGAGAUACGUCUCUCGGAAAGCUUCAAUUAAACGAGGUUUCAGCAAGAAAAAUUAAUGGGUAUGGGGAUGAUGAAGACAUCCCAUCAAAAAGUCUAUCGCAUAAGGUUCAUCCACAUUUAAGAACUGAAGAAUUAGAUUUUACACCCGCUUGUGCAAUUGAAAGCCGUGAAGCAAUAUCUGCAAUCCAUCGUGCGAAAACACAGAACUGUAAGCAAGAAAUUGUUAACAAGACUUGUCUAAUUCAAAAUAGUAAUUUUUACCCUGUCAAAUUGCCUAACAUGUGUCCGUCAAAUGGUAUGACUUACGGCAAAUAUUUAGGAUGUUAUUUAGAUGAAAAAAAGUUUAGAAUACUUUCGAGUUUCUAUGGUAAUUAUGCUACUACAAAUUCACCUAGUUUGUGUAUAGAAAUAUGUAUUCAAGCUGGAUUUCCAUAUGCUGGAGUGCAGUAUGCUUCAGAAUGCUUUUGUGGCGAUAUGACGCCUCCAUUAUCAGCUAAAUCAAUUGAAUCAUCUUGUGAUAUGAAAUGUCCUGGAGAUGCUUCUAAGAUCUGUGGAGGAUAUUUUGCAAUGAAUAUAUAUGAGACUGGAUUGACAAAGUUUAUCCCGGUUACACCGAAACUGUCCAGUCAUAACAAGGAAUCCAUUCGAAUAGUUUUUCUUUUGACAUUAAAUGGACGAGCUCUCAGGCAGGUCUAUAGAUUAUUAAAUGUUCUCUACAGAAGUCAUCACUAUUUUUAUAUACAUGUUGAUAAACGACAAGAUUACAUGCAUCGCAAGUUAUCGGUUUUGGAACAGCAAUUUCCGAACGUGAGAUUAGCAAGAGAACGUUACGCAACUAUUUGGGGUGGCGCAUCAUUACUAAAAAUGCUUCUAUCAUCAAUGAAAGAUUUCUUUGCAUUAGGCUGGCGAUGGGACUAUGUUAUUAAUUUGAGCGAAAGUGACUUUCCUAUUAAAUCUCUUGAAGAUUUGGAGACGUUUUUGUCAGUGAAUAAAGGUUUAAAUUUUGUCAAGUCACAUGGCCGCGAAGUACAGAGAUUUAUCAAGAAACAGGGUUUGGACAAAACUUUUAUCGAAUGUGAAACACACAUGUGGCGUGUGGGCGAAAGAAAAUUACCACACGGAAUUGUAAUAGAUGGAGGUAGUGAUUGGAUAGCACUGUCUCCGGAAUUCGUAUCGUAUGUUGUUGGGAAACAAGAUGAAUUGCUUAGCGGCUUGGAUAUAAUAUUUGAACAUACAUUAUUACCAGCAGAAUCUUUUUUCCAUACUGUUCUAAGAAAUUCCAAAUUUUGUAAUACAUAUGUAGAUAACAACCUGCAUGUUACCAACUGGAAAAGAAAAUUGGGUUGUAAGUGUCAAUAUAAACAUGUGGUGGAUUGGUGUGGAUGUUCUCCAAACGACUUUAGGACUGAAGAUUGGCCGAGAAUACAAAAUACGCUCAACCGUCAAUUGUUUUUUGCGCGAAAAUUUGAACCUAUAAUUAAUCAAGAAGUAAUAACAAGGGUGGAACAACUCAUAGGAUUAAAUGACCAUUAUCGCGUCCAGAACGUAGAGGGAUAUUGGCAAAACAUAUAUGAUACCCAAGACAUACCUGCUAGUACAGAUGACACGUUACUAUCUCAUGCCGGAAGUAUUUUACGCCACAAUGCUAAGACUUUACUUCAGGAAGGCUGUAAAAUGGAACUUGGUGAUAUUCUAGAAAUUAAUUUAUAUAAAUAUGCUGAUAUCUACAAAGGAAAUUUGAUUUUAUACAAAGCGUCAAUACAUGGUACAGAUGAAUUAUUAGUAGAAACAUGGUAUAAACCAAAACACCAUUUAGAACUAAAUUUCCAGAGUCAGUAUAUUGAUUUAGUUAAAAUGUUUAAAGUUAGUUCAGAAUAUGAUCAAAAGGAGAUGACUUUUAGAAAUUUCGCUAGUAUUUUAGGACCAUUAUCGGAACCAGUUUUGGUUUAUCAGUUUUCUCCGCAAAUGGAUAAACUUAAUACAAACUUUACUAUAAUUUGGCUUGAUCCGUCUGGUGUCAUAGCUGACGUAAGUACUAUUCAUAAAGAAGAAAAUAAUGUGACUAACUUCAUUAAACUAAAUAUAAGGACACCACUUUUGCCAGGGGUGUGGAAAGUAGGUUUACUUGAACAAAACAAUGCGCUCAUAGCUGUUACAAAAUUCCUUGUUACUCCAUUAGAGUAUUUUGCUGGCAGAGAAAUGUCCCAUCAAGAGACUAGUUUAAUUCAUAGCGGGUCGAUGAGUUCUUAUAAAAACUUUUCUUACUUAAAAGACAUAGAUUUUUUGCCAGGAGUAACAGAUAGUUUAUUGCUAAGAGAACUUACUGAGUCAAAUGUUAGGAGAAUAGGUCAGGACCUACGAGAGUGGAUUGACAGUUUAAGUGUUGCAUUUUACGAUGUUUUAGGUUCAUGUGUUAGAAUAUAUAGUAAUAAUUUAAAAGAAAAACUAGUGUGUGGAAAUUACAAGUUUAGUGAAUGUGUUUCAACUGAAUGGAGUUCCCUAUCACCAGACCCAAAAGGUACGAUUGGUAAAAUAAACACACUUACAGGACGCUUAGAUAGAAUAUGA